GCAGCCAGAAACGAACGACAUAAACAAACCACUAAGUUGCUGCUCUAAAAACUUUUUUUUAUUUUAUGUGAAAUUAAAACAAAUAAAUUACUUUUACAAAUUAAAUAAUUUGAACACUAAAAAAUAAAUAUGAUUAAGAACGAAAUCUCAUGCAUUUAUUAUGAACAUCCUUAGACAUGUUUGUCCUAUUCAUGUAAAGAAAAAUUGAUAUAGUUUGAAUGCAAAUGAACUGAAGAUGUCUGAAAGUUCAAACAUUGAUAGCUUAAAAAAUGCAGCUUCAGAAAAUAAUAAAGAAGCAAUAAUCGAACAAAGUGGUCCUGUAUUUGAUCCUCCUGUUUAUAUGCAAAGAUACACAUCAGUUAGAGACACAUUAUUUAAACUUCCUGGUAUAGAAAAAGUUGUUGAUUUUGGAUGUGCUGAGGGAAAAUUUGUGAAAUAUUUGAAAAAACUUCCUUUUGUUACAGAAAUAGCUUGUGUAGAUGUUUUAGAACAUGCUUUAGAAAACACAGUUCGUUGUGCCAGGCCAACAGCAUGGGAUUAUGUAUUUAAACGUCACCAACCCUUAGAUAUUAAAAUUUUCAAAGGAAGUGCUUUGGAAAAAGAUAGUAGAUUUAAGAAUUUUAGUGCAGUAACAUGCAUUGAAUUAGUGGAACAUCUACAGCCUCAAGAUUUGUUACCUCUUACAAAAAAUAUAUUUGGUUUCAUAAAACCUAAAGUUGCUAUUUUCACCACUCCGAACAGUGAGUUUAAUGUUCUUUUUCCCAAUCUGCAAGGGUUUCGUCAUUGGGACCAUAAAUUUGAAUGGAGUAGGAAGGAGUUCAAAGAUUGGUGCCAAAGCAUCCUUGAUGAUUAUCCAGACUAUACAGUGAGAUUUGAUGGGAUCGGUGAGCCUCCUCCGGAAUCUUCAUCUCUGGGCAGUGUAUCCCAAGUAGCAAUAUUCACUUUAAAGCCUCCAUAUAAUAAUGUCUGUGAUAAUAAUACAGAGUGUGGUGAAGUUUAUCAUCUGGUUGAUGAAUUUCACUAUCCUGGCCGCUCAAACAAUGAUGCCAAAGUGACUUGAUGUGUAUAGAGUUCAAAGCUAUAUAUAUAUAUAUAUAUAUUUGUUAAUUGAUACACUUAAAACUUUUUCGUCCAUUUAACGGUGCCUAUUUACUUUUUAUUACUCAUUUACUGUCAUUCAAUGUGGCAUUAUCAUGCUUAUACAAAUAGCGAGAUUUUUGUAAGACUUUUACAUGGCACUUUUGUUUUUAAUUUCAUUGCAUCGUUUCAGAAAUUAUCCUUUAAUUUCAAAUUGACAAUUCUAAAAUUCCUAUUAUCCUUCUAAACUAUUACUCAAAACUCUAUUUAAACUAAGCUAAAAUGCUGUAUUUUUAUUCAAGUAUAAUUUAAAGUUAGAAUAGUGUUUCCUUAAUAGUAUGUUUUUACUAUAUCUUGCUAUAUCUUAAUCAAUUUCAUAAUAUAAUGAAAAUGUAGUCGAAUUGGUAUAUAUAAAAUAGGGAAUCUGUGUGUCCCUACAAUAUUAAAAACAAUGAGAUUGAUUCUAUUCUCUCUUUAAAAAAUUUUUAUUUUUAUGUUCUAUGCUUUGAAUAUUUUUAUUUCUAAUAAUGUUCUUUUAAUAAAUAAACUGUUCAAAAAAAUUAUACUUUAUAGAUAGCUAUUGAGACAUCACAGUAUGUUUACUCCAACCUAAUUUAUUUUAUGUUAAUAAUAAAAAAAAAUUCAUAAUAAUAAUGUAACUAAUUAAUUCUUUCUACAAAAUUUAAAAUUUUUUAAACAGUGUAGAGAGUUACUACAAUAUGUUUUCUUCAACAAAAUUUUCUAUUUGUAAGAAAUAAUUACAUUUUAAUUAAAAUUAUGGUAAAUUUUAGUCAUAAAUUUUAAAUUAAGAAAUAAUUACAUUUUUGAACCUUGUCAUAAUAAUCAAGUUAAUUAUAACUUCUACAAGACUUAAAAUUGUUUUAAUAUAGUAAAAAGUUAUGAAAAGUAACCACAAUAUGUUUUUGUCAACACUAAAAAAAUUCUCUCUCUUUCUCUGAUAAGCAAUAAUCAAAUGUGUCUUAACUGAGAAAAUUAAUUUAUAAAUUUUACUAAAUAAGAACAAUAAAAUACAUUUGAAAUUA